AUGAACUUCCUUUCAAGCGCGUUCUCGCUUCUAUCGACAUCAUCAAUUCCAUACACGAUCAAAUCAAAGAUCGUGGAGCCCACAGGCAAUGCAGAUCAUAUCAUUUGGACUGUCUAUGACGGUGUGAAUCCCAAAAACGAUUCUGCAGUAACUAUCUUCGAGUUCAACUUGAAGGAACCUGCCACAGCCCAUUACAAAGAUUUGGCAAGAAAUUGCUUCAAGAAACUGAAGCUCAUCCGGAUCCCGGAGGUAAUCACCAUCAUAGACUUUAUUGAAAACGAUAACUACCUCUAUCUUAUUACAGAAAAAGUGUUGCCUUUGACAACAUACUUGGAGCUCAGACAACCACUUGCUGCCGACGUGAAGAUAUAUGGACUCUUCAAAGUUUUAAAUGCUUUGAAUUUCAUCAAUAGCAAGGCCAAUUGUGUUCACGCCAACCUCAAUUUCACCUCGGUCUGGGUAAAUGAACUGGGAGAAUGGAGGCUCUUCGGAUACGAGCUUCUCACAAAUUUAACCUCGGAUCCCGAUCAGCCUUUGUACAGACUCUCGGACAACAUGAAGUCUUUUAAGAACACCAUCCCGCCUGAGGUUGCAUCGAAUGGUGUUACAGCACUCCAGAGUAAUCCGAAACUAUUGGACUCCUAUAAGCUAGGAAUGUUUAUUUAUCAAAUAUUUGCAACCAAAGAUUUUUAUGAAAUUGCAGAGCCUUUUUCUGAAACUCUGCCUGCGAAAAUAUCUGGUCUUGUCGAUAGGUCUGGUGUCCCAAAGCCAUUGAUUCAACCUGUUUCGCAAUUGAUAAACACCAGAAGAAUUUCUAUUGAGAAAUUCAGCCAGGACACGGAAAAGUUCUUCUCAUCUAAUAGACUCGUGGAAUUCUCCCAAUUGCUAGAAGAAAUCAAGUUCGCAGACAAUCAAACAAAGCUUUCCUUUUUCAAACAUGACCUUGAAGAGUAUAUCAACGGUGAAUUUCCACCAGGAUACUUAGACAACAAAUUGUUGCCGGACAUUGUUGAGCAGUACAACAACCUUGUGAAGCUGAAGGCUCAGCUGGCAGCUUCUCCGGAGGAGCAAGCUAGUCGCCAAGAAGCGAUGUCAACAAUAUUGAACCAUAUCUUGGUUCUUAGUAGUAAUCUUGAUGAGAAAGUGUUCAACAAAUUGGUUUCGCCAGUUAUAUUCCAGGCAUUCAGCCUUCCCGAUCGUGCCGUCAGAUUGUCUUUGUUGAAGCACUUGGCCAAUUACGGUCCCAAAUUGAACGAUCAAGAUGUUCAGCUCCAAGUGUUUCCAAAUUUAUUGACUGGGUUUCAAGAUACCAACUUUCUUAUUCGUGAGACAACCUUGACGUCAUUGACUCUAAUAAUUGGUAAGAUCAGUGUCAAGCAGAUAAACAAUGAUUUGCUCAAAGUAUUGGCUAAACUGCAAAUGGAUCCGAAGCCCUCAAUUCGAACAAACACAUUGAUUCUCAUCAUUAAAAUUUCAGGCUCAAUUUACUCGAACUCCAGAAACAACGUCAUGAUCACUGCGUUGGCAAAGGCUCUCCGUGACUCAUUUACUCCUUGCAAAAUGGCAGCCCUUUCGGGUUUUGAUAAACUAAUUGAUAGCUUUGGCUUGGAAGAGAAAUGUACAAAGGUGUUGGGCCAUAUUGCAGUCGCUUUAAUGGACCCAAAGUCGCAUAAGGUAAGGUCAGAAGCAAAGCGUGUACUUCAACGUUAUCUUGAUUCAGUUGAAGCUCAUGCAGCUAAAUUUCUGAAGGACGAAGAAGAUGAGGAUGCUGAGGAGAAGGAAUUCAUGGAUCGAGUUAGCGAAGCUAAAUCCAGCACUGUUAAAGUUGAAUCGUCAAACCCUCCCGCCUCAUCCUUUGGUUGGGGAAUGGUAAACAAGUUGGUGUCUUCUGAGCCGAGCUCAGUGGCUGGAACCAUCAACCCAAUUAUGAAUAGAUCUACACCAGAUGUGACCAGAAUUAACUCCCCAGCAAUCGAAGAACAGACUUGGAGUGAUGAUGCACUAGAUGAAUGGGGCUCAGAAGAGAUCCAUACCACCGCCCCUCCGACUACUCAGGCUACCAAAAUCAUUUCCAAGCCUAAGCCUGCCCCAAAGAAAGAGCCACUCUUGCAAAAGAAAAAAGCUACGAAACUUGCCAAACCUCACAGGACUCCUGGAUCGACCUUGAAGCUAGAAUUAAGUGAUGGUGAACAAGACGAUGCAUGGGGAAACGAUUGGUGA